AUGGAUAUUAUUCUAGAACUCUGGGACACCUUCAUUGGUGAUCGCCUUUAUUCCUCCGUCCUCCCCGCCUCCCUUUCUUCCUCAGUCUCCCUGCCGGCAUUCGCCAAUGUCGCCAACAGUUCGCUCGCCCUCUUCGGCGCGUCGGAGCCAUUCGUCUAUGAGCCCGCCACUCAGAUGCUUCACUUGGAACCUUCCAAGUAUGCCUAUCUCAGUGCCUGGCCGCGGAAUAACAUGUACCGCCAAUUCACCAGCUUCUUCUUGAUCACUUGGUAUGCGCCACUCCCCUGGUUCUGCAAGGCCGGCCAGACCGGCUCUGCAACAUUUUGGAUCUUCGGACUAUUUGUCUACUUCGUCGUCGCCUCCCUAUCGUACAUCUUCAUCUGGGACAAAACUACCUACAAGCACCCCAAAUUCCUCAAGAACCAGAUAUCCAUGGAAAUCAAACAAGCCAUGGGCUCCAUGCCCCCAAUGGCCCUCCUGACGGCUCCAUUUUUCGUCCUAGAAGUCCGCGGAUACGCCAAACUCUACGAUACUACCGCCGAGGAACCCUUUCCCUUCUACAGUAUCCUGCAGUUCCCAUUCUUCAUCUUCUUCACCGAUUUCUUCAUCUACUGGAUCCACCGAGGCCUGCACCACCCGCGCGUUUACCGAACCCUGCACAAGCCGCACCACAAGUGGAUUAUGCCUAGCCCUUACGCUUCGCACGCUUUCCACCCCCUGGACGGCUGGUCGCAAAGCGUGCCGUACCACGUUUUCCCGUUCAUUUUCCCGCUCCAGAAGGUCGCUUACGUCUUCCUGUUUGGUUUUAUUAACCUCUGGACUGUGUUUAUUCACGAUGGCGAGUACGUUGCCAAUAGCCCUGUUGUGAAUGGUGCUGCUUGCCACACUAUGCACCAUUUGUACUUCAACUACAACUACGGCCAAUUCACUACUCUGUGGGAUCGCCUGGGUGGUAGCUACCGCAAGCCUAAUGAGGAACUCUUCCGUCGGGAGACUAAGAUGGGAGAUAAGGAGUGGAAGCGUCAGGCUAAAGAGAUGGAGUCGAUUCUCAAGACCGUCGAGGGCGAGGAUGACCGCAAGUACUCUGCGGAUACGAAGAAGGAUCUUUGA